CAUGAGCAAAAGCGAAAUGGUUCACCUCCACAUUCCGGUGCAGUCCAGGAAAACUGUGGCUAUUGCACAGCGUUAGCAUCAAAAGCAAUGCCUGGAAGUCCUGCUGUUGUUAUGCGACUGGUGGCCUCAGCCUAUGCUGUGGCUGAAAAGGCUGGGACCAUUGUACGGAAGGUCCUUCACAGUGGAGAACUUGGUAUUGUGGAAAAGACAGGCGCUAAUGAUCUGCAAACACUGGCAGACAGACUAGCACAGCAGAGCAUUUGUGCUUCACUGUCCAAACGUUUCCCCAAAAUCACCAUAAUUGGAGAGGAGGAUCUUCCUUCUGAAGUGAUACAGGAAGAUCUAAUUGAGACUGGCCAGUCAGAGGAAAUUCUUCAGAGAAGUUGUCCACCUGAGUACAGCCAGCUGAAAGAAGAAGAGAUAGUUGUGUGGGUAGAUCCUCUUGAUGGCACAAAGGAAUAUACUGAAGGGCUCCUGGAUAAUGUGACAGUGCUCAUUGGGAUUGCAUAUGGAGGCAAAGCCAUCGCAGGCGUGAUCAACCAGCCGUUCUACAACUACCAGCUUGGUGCAGGAACACAAUUAGGAAGAACCAUGUGGGGGAUGCUGGGAUUGGGCGCUUUUGGGUUCCAGCUCCAGGAAGUUCCAGGUGACAGACGGAUUGUCACCACCACCCGUUCCCAUAGCAACAAGCUGGUAACAGACUGUGUGGAUGCCAUGGAGCCUCACGAAGUUGUACGAGUGGGUGGUGCUGGAAAUAAGAUUAUCCAGCUUGUUGAAGGAAAAGCUUCUGCCUAUGUCUUUGCUAGUCCAGGGUGCAAGAAGUGGGACACUUGUGCCCCUGAAGCAAUCCUGCAUGCUGUUGGAGGUAAACUGACUGAUAUGCAUGGAAAUGCAUACCGCUAUGAUGCUAGUGUAAAGCACAUGAACUCUGCCGGGGUUCUUGCUACACUCCGUAACCACAAGUACUACGUCAGCAGAGUACCACAGUCAGUGCUGCAAGCUCUCAAGUCAGACUGAGGUCUGUCUUUAUGUUGUCAAAACAUACAGUGUAAAAUCACUGUUUUGUUUUUUUAUUAACCACAUUAUUUGACUGGUGUAUCUAAUUUUUAAAUGUAACUAGUAACAGCAGUAUUGAGGGUAUUCUGUGUUCCUGUGCCUAAAACAAAUCACCGUGAUUUCUGAGUGUCAGCAGACUAACCAAACUACCACUAUGAUCUGCACUAAUUUAAUGAAUCAGACACAAGUAUUAAAGCAGGCUUAACAGCACUUCCAUUUAUUUCACUCAUUUGAAACAAACUUGUACAAAUCUCAGAACAUCUUAACAUACGGUUUCUCAACUUGAAGACCAAUAGAUUUACAAGGCAAAAGGCAAGAUCUGAAGGUUAAAUGUUGGUUAGUGAGUUGGAAAUGAUGUACUGUACUUGAUUCGGUAACCACAAAGUCGGAACAGUCUAUACGUAAUGCAAUGCCAACAACAAACAAAAUGCAGGCAUCUUGACUUGAUACAUUUUACCCUCUUUUUACACACAGUAACAGAAAAUGCAUUCUGGACAGUGAAAGAGGGCAAUGGUCAAACCCCACUGCUGUGAAGAACAAACAUACAACUGAGCUGUGAACACUAAAAAUAAACUGACAACGACUAGUUAA